AUGGCUUGUGAUAAUACGAAAUUAUGGCGACUGUCACAAGAACCAAAAUUAAAAUUAGAUCCUUCUAUCUUUUCCUCACAAACCCACAACUGUAUAUUGCCUUCCCAUACGAGUCAAGAAUCAACCCAUGCCAAAAAUGGUGACGCUCCAGUUGACCCUUCUCCAGUUUCACAUUUUGCUGGUAAAUCAUUUUACCAGUGUUCACCAGCCAAACGUUUUCCCAGAACAGUUCGGGAUCAACCUGGCCCGUCUAGACAAAAACAGAGCGAUUCUGAUUCUAUUAUGUACUAUUGUGAAUUAUGUCGAGUCAGCUGUGCUGGUAAAAUAUCCUUCGAGUGUCAUUUAGCUGGUAAAAGACACAAAAAGAUGGAGCUUACAAAACAAUCUACUGAGGAAGAGUGUAAUCCAAAGGAAAUGACCUGCUCUGUUUGCGAUGUGAAGUGUUCCGGUUUGGAGGCUUACAAUUCUCAUUUGCAGGGCAAACAACAUGCCAAGACAGUUAAACUACUGAAAUCUCGAGGUUGCAAGAUCCCAGAUGUCAAGCCUCAAACCUCCUCAAAUCAAUUAUCUAUGCCCUCCUCCAAAAUCGACCCAGAAAAUUACAUUAAGGAGUUCCAUUCGGGAAAAACUAAGCAAUUCUCUUGUCUUCUUUGCAAUUGCAUUUGCACCAAUAGUCAGCUCAAAGAGGCUCAUUUAGCGGGCAAAAAACACCAGACAGCUUUGCGCAAACUCAAGGAAUCCUUGGAAACCCCGACUGUUAAAGAUCCAUCUGAUUCUAAUCUCGAGCCCGAGAUCCCCACUGAACAUACUUCGCUUGCGCAACCUGAACCAAGUUCCUCAGAUUCUCAUUCUCCAAGUACAGAAAGACCUCAGAUACCUCCAACAGGAUUUGCUCGGCCCCCAGGACCUCGUAUGACUUCUUCACCUGGCCUGCCAACCUUAAUUAGCCUACCUCCACAUCUUCUUGCUGAUGAGCGCUAUAUGCAGACGAAAUUGAAGCAUAUUCUACCCUCAAAGGAAGAAAAUGAUGUAAUUCUCCUUUUUGAUUACUCUUCGUCAAUUGAUCCUGGAGUGUUGAUGGCCCUGACAGUUAAUGCCGUAUGCAGCGCCCUUCAGCAAAUCUUUGGAGUUGGAAGUAGUAGUGUUGAGGAUCUAUUGACUUCUGACGAGCUCAGUGGAGUUUAUCUGGUUGGACCUGUAGCUAUCGGACUGCAGUUAAGAGGUCAACUGAUCGCGGAUGUUGUUUUGGUCAUUCGACAGCCCCUCCUUCCAAAUUAUGCCGACAGGACGAGGAUGGAGCUGGAGGGUUUGCUUAAGAUUGCGUGCGUAAAUCAUCGUAUCACCGUGGUUACUGAAAAAGGGACUCAGCUGAUCGCUGAAAUUAGUCCAAAUCCGUCAUCUCCACAGCCUAGUACAUCUACAGCACCUGAACCUCUUAAUACAAGUUCUUCCUCUUCUGAUCCCCCAGUUGCCAGAAUUAGGAUUAGCUUUGCUUCUUUGUACGUCUCCUCUGUUCCGAAAAACGUCGUUAGUACAUAUCAAGCGGAGGCAGAACACCAUACAAGCCUUCCUGAUGGGUUAAUUAAUUUACGACAAACGGCCUGGCUUCAGAAAGCUCUCUCUGAACACCCGGACAAGACAGCCCUAUUGAACGUGGCUCGAUUGGUGCGGUGCUUAAUUCGGGAUUCCCGUCCGGUCCCUUGGGGUGAAUUCCCUGAUUAUGUAUUGCUUGUUCUUUUGGGCCAUUUAUCCUUCAUGGAUUUGCCACUUUCGAGUGGAUAUCGAAGUUCCGCUCUCCGUGUACGUCCAGGUCUACUCUUUCGUCGUCUUCUUGAAUCUCUUGCCUCGGGUAUUCUCAUCGAUCGUGACGGUGAGCUCUCUUCAAUGUCUGACCGUCCUGGAUCCGAUCUCCUGCUGUUGGAUCGAAUGAAAGCGUCUGAUCGAAUCGCCACCACUUCGGCUGCUCAAGAAGCACUGCGUUUAGUAGCUUUCAGGCAGAUUAAUAAGCUCCUGGAUCUACCCAGAUUUGUACCACCUUAUCAGCCAAAAAACGGGGUGAAGUCGCCGUCAACUACCUUGAAAACACAGAGUUCAUUGGCGUCUUUGGGCAAACGGAAGAUGAACGACAACGACGAUGCUCUGAAUGGGAGGAGUUGCGGCGAAGGUGGUGGCUGUGGUGGUGAUACCCCAUUCGUGGAUGAUCUACUCAUUUCAACAAGAGUAAUCAAACUUGAUGAGGAAGGAAACCAUGAUAUUGAAAAUGAUAGGAAGCUGGUUUGA